GGAGUAGUCUGCAGGUAGGAUUCUUGGAGUAUUAAUACUCCCUUUUGCUUAAUAAAACAGAGGUUGUUUUUUUGGCUUAAUAGCUUGGUUUUUCUUGGAGUAUUAAUACUCUCUUUUGCUUAAGAGCUUGUUUUUUUGGCUUAAUAGACAAUUGGUCUCCUUUACACCAUGAGUAAAGGCUCGUUCUUGUUUAUUUACAUCAAUUGGUAUUAGAGCCUUCCAUCUUGGGAUUGCUAAGCAAGCAUGACUAACAGGGAGCGCCUUGAACGAGUGGAAAACUCCAUCGCCCAAAUCACUGCAUCCCUCAAUACCUUAUCCAUUAACAUGGAAUCGUUGACAAAAAAAAGAAGUUCUGGGAGUAGACGGUCAUCAAAAUCGACAUCAUCUACCCGAUCCAAAUCUCCAAAAAGGACUAGACGGAAGAAACGGCGACAGGAGACCACCUCCUCAUCGUCAUCUUCCUCCAUAGGUUCGACUGAAGGGAGCGACUCAUCUAGCAGCGCCUCUAGCAAGCCGGAAUCCACUACCAAAGAAGAUGACCGCAGGGGACCCCGACCGGGUGAGUUACGAGAUCGCCUAAAGAUUGAUUUUCCAAAAUUUUCCGAUGAUAAUUUGAUCGUAUGGCUGGAUAGGGUGAGACAAUAUUUUUCUGUCAAAAGUAUUCAAGGUUCAAAAAAGGUUUUAUUGUCUUCUUUUCAUCUUGAGGGGGAAGCAAAUCAGUGGUGGCAAUGGUUCUCUAAGGGCUGAAACCACAAGGAGAUUUCUUGGAAACGAUUUGAGAACGGGAUAUUAAAACGUUUUGGACCUACAGACUUUGAGAAUUAUGAUGAACUUCUGAGCAAAAUCAAACAAACAGGUUCUUACCGUGAAUAUCUCCAGGAAUUUGAGAGGUUAUCCACGCGUGUAAGAGGAUGGACCACCAAGGCUCUAUUAGGAACGUUUCUUGGAGGCUUAAAGGAGGAACUAUCGCUUGAUGUACGCCUUUUCAAUCCCAGAAACAUAACGGAGGCGAUGGAAUUGGCCCGUCGUAUUGAUGAGAAACAACAACGAAGCAUAAGACCAAUAAUGAAAUCUCCUAGUUGGCGAGCACCUCAAAUAGUUGCAUCUGAACAGAAUAACCUCAAACCGAUUUCAUCCAACACAGCAAGGAGGCAGACGGUGGAAGAGAUGCGAACUCACCGAGAGAAAAACUUGUGCUAUAAUUGUGAUGAAAAGUUUGUACUUGGACAUCGUUGCAAAGCGUCACAAUUUGUUAUUGAAACUGGGGAGGAAAACUUACUCUCUGAUUGUGAAGGGCAAGAUGAUAAAGAAAAUCCUAUGGAGUCACAGAUAUCUUUACAUGCUCUAGUCGGGGGUGUGGAUGCUCGGACUAUGUGAGUACGCGGGUAUAUCAAUCAACGAUGCCUUAACAUCUUAAUUGACUCGGGAUCUACUCACAAUUUUAUUAACCAAGAGGUGGCAGCCCGUUUGAAAUUGGUGGUUUCUCUGAUCACCCCCUUUGCUGCUAAAAUUGCUAAUGGAGACCAAUUAUGGUGUACUGAAAAAUAUGAGCAUGUUACCCUUACAAUCCAGGGGUAUACAUUCACUACUGUGUUAUAUGCCUUACCUAUCACAGGAAUGGAUAUCGUUCUGGGAAUGCAAUGGUUGAAAGGCUUGGGAAAAGUAACUGCUGAUUACAAUACCAUGUCCAUGGAGUUCUGGUCUGGGGAAACUACUCAUAUCAUUACAGCAGAUAAUACUCCAUCAAUACAACCGGUGACCGUUAAUGCCCUGCUCGAAGAUUGGCGCUGUGGAGCAGAAUUAUUUGCUGUAACUGUUGCAGAUGGAGUGGUCAGUAGUACUGAUACAGAUCAGCAACUGCCAGGGGAAGUCCAGAACAUACUGAACCAAUUCUCCCAAGUUUUGGAGGAACCAAGAACACUUCCCCCUCGACCAAGGUUUGAUCAUCGCAUAUGUCUAAAAGAUGAAACUAUGGCAGUUAAUGUUUCUCCAUACCGCUAUGCACACUUUCAGAAGGCAGAAAUAGAACGACAAGUGGAAGACAUGUUACGAGUCGGAUUUAUUCGACCUAGCACAAGUCCCUUCUCGUCACCUGUGUUAUUGGUCAAGAAAAAAGAUGGUUCUUGGAGAUUUUGCACAGACUAUCGAGCCCUUAAUAAUGCGACUAUCAAAGACCGGUUCCCAAUUCCAACCAUAGAUGACAUGCUGGAUGAAUUGAAUGGGGCUCAUUAUUUUUCUAAGCUAGAUUUACGUGCUGGCUACCAUCAGGUACGGGUUCACCCAGAUGACGCGAGUAAGACAGCUUUUCGGACGCAUAGUGGGCACUAUGAAUAUUUUGUCAUGCCCUUUGGGCUUUGCAAUGCACCAUCCACGUUCCAGGCAGCGAUGAAUGAAAUUUUUCGGCCACAUCUAAGGGUUUUUAUACUCAUCUUCUUUGAUGACAUACUAAUUUAUAGUCGGACGAAAGAUCAGCAUCUUAACCAUUUACAAUGCACACUCAGCAUUCUGGCCCAUCACCACUUCUACAUCAAACCAGAAAAAUGUUUCUUCCUCCAAAUCAAGGUAGAAUACCUCGACCACUACAUCUCCAGGGAAGGGGUUCAAGUUGAUCCACGUAAGAUAGAAUCAAUGGUACGAUGGCCAGUACCCACAAAUGUUACUGCUCUACGAGGAUUUCUGGGGCUUAUGGGCUACUAUCGAAAGUUUGUCCAAGGUUAUGGUCUGAUCGCACAGCCGUUGACUCGAUUAUUAAAAAAGGGGAAGUUUACAUGGGAUUCAGAAUCAACCCAAGCGUUUGAGGCUUUAAAAAGGGCUAUGACUUCAACUCCAGUGCUUGCAUUGCCCGAUUUUACUUCAGAGUUUGUUAUUGAAACAGAUGCUUCUGGAAUGGGAGUUGGAGCAGUAUUGUCUCAGAAAGGUCACCCCAUCGCGUUUAUGAGUAAAGCAUUAGGACCGGAAAAUCAAGUCUGGUCAACCUACGCAAAGGAGAUGUUUGCGAUCCUAGAGGCAAUUCGAACAUGGCGUACCUAUCUCCUAGGCCAACAUUUUACUAUUUAUACAGACCAAAAGAGUUUACGCCACCUCCUGGAACAACAAAUUACUACGCCAGAGCAACAGAAAUGGAUAGCCAAACUGUUAGGUUAUGACUAUUCCAUCAUAUUAAAGCCUGGAACCACCAAUAAGGCCGCUGAUGCCCUAUCCCGUCGUGAUAAUAUGAUGACAGAAGAACCGGCAGAGGCUGCUGCCAUCUCAGGACCAUUAUGGGCUAUAUGGGAUGAACUACGCAAACAGACGAAAAUAGAUCCCUAUUUAGAGAAAAUCUGUCGUGAGCUUCAAAGCCAACCAUCAAGUCAAUAUGAGUACACAAUUCGUAAUGGUUGUGUUGUACAUAGAGGACGUGUGAUGGUCCCAGAAAAUGGUGGAUUACGGAUGCAACUCAUUAAAGAAUUCCAUGGGACAUCAGAAGGAGGUCAUUCAGGCAUGUUGCGCACCUUUCGAAGACUAAACCAAGUAUUUUCUUGGGCUGGUAUGAGGACUGUUGUCAAUAAAUACGUACGUGAAUGUGAAAUAUGUCAACGAACCAAAACAGAUUCCUUAGCCCCAGCUGGUUUAUUGACUCCCUUGCCCGUGCCAAGUGUAGUAUGGGCUGAUAUAAGCAUGGACUUUAUCGAAGGCCUUCCGAAGUCUCAAGGGCGAGAUGUAGUGCUCGUGGUGGUGGAUCGAUUCACAAAAUACGCUCAUUCUAUGUCUCUGUCACACCCGUUUAAUGCUAAAGACGUGGCUGGUGUGUUUAUUCGCGAAGUGGUUAGAUUACACGGGUUUCCUGAGACUAUUAUUAGUGAUCGAGAUCGUAUAUUCAUGAGUUUAUUUUGGAAAGAGUUAUUUCGUUUGCAGGGAACGACGUUGAAAACUAGCUCUGCUUACCAUCCAGAGACUGACGGACAGACCGAAGUGGUAAACAGGUGUUUGGGUAAGUAUUUAAGGUGCUUUGUUCACAAUUAUCCCAACCGAUGGAAUCUGUUUUUAACAUGGGCUGAGCUAUGGUAUAACACGUCUUAUCACCGCUCAAUAAAUAUGACACCUUUUGAGGCUCUUUAUGGUCGUCCCCCGCCUAUACUUCGGUCUUAUAAAGACGGUAGGUCACCACUGGCAGAAGUUGAUGAACAGAUGCGUACACGUGAAGAGGUUCUCCAGAGUUUACGCCAUAAUCUUGUUGUUGCAGCUAAUCGCAUGAAACAACUAGCUGACGCAAAAAGACGUGAAGUUCAUUAUCAGAUUGGCGACCAUGUCUAUUUGAAAUUGCAGCCUUUUCGUCAACAGUCCGUUUUUAAAUGGGUUAGUCAGAAGUUAGCAUGUAAAUUCUUUGGUCCUUUCAAAAUAUUGGAGAAACUAGGUGAUGUUGCUUACAGAUUUGAGUUGCCACCUGAAUCACGAAUACAUCCGGUCUUUCAUGUUUCGCUCCUUAAAAAACACAUCGGGGAUGCUAUUCCGUCAACAACAACUCUACCUCCAUAUUCAGGUGAUGGUCAGCCUGUUUUUGAACCAGAGAAAGUCAUUAGUUUUCGAAACAUACGAACCCGAUCAGGGGUAGUUCGUGAAGCCUUAAUUCAGUGGGUGUCUCUUGGCUCCGAAGAUGCCACGUGGGAACGAGUAGAAGUCAUCAAACAGCAAUUCCCUGACUUUAACCUUGAGGACAAGGUUCGACUUCAAGAGGAAGGCAAUGAUGAGGAUACGGGCCCAAUGGGCCGUCAUAGUAAGCGGGCCCGAAGAAAUAGUACACGACUCCAGGACUACGUGACUUAAUGAAGCUUCCUGAUCAUUGGCAAUAUUUAUUUACUUCAUUUUUAUUUAAUUAAUUAUUUACUUUACAGCAUUAUUAUGUUUAGUUAAUUCGUAGAUGAGAGUUGUAUUAGAAUUAGUACUUCUCUUAUUUGUUCUUGUUGCUCAAGGAGUAGUCUGCAGGUAGGAUUCUUGGAGUAUUAAUACUCUCUUUUGCUUAAUAAAACAGAGGUUGUUUUUUUUGGCUUAAUAGCUUGGUUUUUCUAUCACCGU